AUGACAGGCUGGGACAUCAUUAUGCUGCAGGUGCAGGGGCCGCUAACGGUCCCGCGCUCGGUGCUCUGGGUGAAGCGGCAGCGCUGCGCCGUCUGCCUGGAGCCCGCGCGGGCGCUGCUGCGCUGGUGGCGGAGCCCCGGGACCCGGCCCUGCACGCCCGGCGCGGAUGCCUGCUCCGUGCCAGUGUCUGAGAUCAUCGCCGUGGAGGAAACAGAUGCUCAUGGGAAGCACUCCGCCAGUGGCCGUUGGCAGAAAAUGGAAAAACCGUUCGCAUUCACAGCUUCAAGACCAAAGCACCUGCUGGUAUUUAUCAACCCAUUUGGGGGAAAAGGCCAGGGUAAGCGGAUCUAUGAGAGAAAAGUGGCACCACUAUUCACCUUGGCCUCUAUCACCACUGAGAUCAUCAUUACGGAUCACGCCAACCAAGCCAAGGAGACUUUAUAUGAGAUUAACAUAGACAGCUAUGAUGGCAUCGUGUGCGUCGGCGGGGAUGGUAUGUUUAGCGAGGUGUUGCACGGACUGAUUGGGAGGACGCAGCGGAGCGCUGGCAUCGACCCCAACCACUCCAAAGCUGUGCUGGUCCCCAGCACCCUCAGGAUCGGCAUCAUCCCUGCAGGGUCCACAGAUUGUGUGUGCUACUCCACUGUGGGCACCAAUGAUGCAGAGACGUCGGCUUUGCACAUCAUUGUGGGGGACUCUCUGGCCAUGGACGUGUCCUCCGUGCACCACAACAACACUCUGUUGCGUUAUUCGGUUUCCCUGUUGGGCUACGGCUUCUAUGGGGACUUAAUUAAGGACAGUGAAAAGAAGAGGUGGAUGGGGCUCAUCAGAUACGACUUUUCGGGGUUGAAGACCUUCCUUUCUCAUCACUGUUAUGAAGGAACAGUGUCCUUCCUCCCAGCACAGCACACGGUGGGCUCUCCACGGGACAGGAAACCCUGCCGGGCUGGGUGCUUCGUGUGCAGACAGAGCAAGCAGCAGCUGGAGGAGGAGCAGAAGAAGGCCUCGUACGGCCUGGAGAAUGCCGAGGAGGUGGAGGAGUGGCAAGUUAUCAAUGGGAAGUUUCUGGCCAUCAACGCCACGAACAUGUCCUGCGCUUGUCCCCGGAGCCCUGGAGGCCUGUCCCCGGCCGCCCAUUUGGGAGAUGGGUCUUCUGACCUCAUCCUCAUCCGGAAGUGCUCCAGGUUCAACUUCCUGCGAUUCCUCGUCAGGCACACCAACCAGUAUGACCAGUUCGACUUCACUUUUGUUGACGUUUAUCGAGUCAAGAAAUUCCAGUUCACAUCGAAGCCCACGGAGGAGGAGGACAGCAACCUCAAGGAGCGCGGGAAGCAGAGGUUUGGGCACAUCUGCAACGACAGCCCCAUGUGCGGCCUCUCAGCCUCCAGCAGCUCCUGGAACUGCGACGGGGAGAUCCUGCACAGCCCCACCAUCGAGGUCAGGGUCCACUGCCAACUGGUGCGCCUGUUUGCAAGGGGGAUUGAAGAGAAGCCUAAGCGAGACCCUCACAGCUGAGAAGCCGUAACAUGUCAUCCACCUUGAGCUUGGGGAAUGUGAAAAUUAUUUAAGAAAAUUUCGACAGACCAAUUACGUUGAUAUAGCCAUUUAAAUUUAGAAAUUUAUUUUUGAUAGGUAAAUCUUGGUUUUAGAAGACAGCUCUGUCAGUGUCCUACACGUGGUGUCCUCAGUUCUAUGCAGAUCUGAGUUGCAUUUCACGUAACUGGUUCUCAGCAAGCACUUGCUGGAUUGAGGGCAUUGGUUGGUUAGAUUUUCUUGCUAUGCCAACUGUGCAAAUUUCAGAGCAGCCCAUUACUGACUCUACUGCAAUAAUUUUAGGGACAUUGUAUUAUGACUACUUCCUAGAAACAGGUUAUACCAUCUAGACACGUGAUCCCCUUUGCAAGAUUUUAUUCUGGAGUUGUUUGUGACCAGGUGGGAAAGCAGAUGGUUCUCUGUGCCAUCACUUCCUACAUAUCUUCAUUUAGGAUCAGGACAUUGCUGUGCAGUCCUUAACCACACACUGCAAACGUAAUGCAGCAUGGUCCUGUGCACAGCGGUGUCGCACCACAGCAAGAAGAUGCUUGGACCACCACCUCGUCCUCAGGAUCCCCAUGUUCGCUUCUGUCUCAGCCGCAUCCCGUAAGACAAUCCAACAAAGCACCCACUGGGGGUUCAUUCUACCAACCCAACGGCGUUCACACCCUGGCCAGGGCAGUCCAAAGCACUGGCAAACGAGGCUCUAGCCAGAAUUAAAGUGUUUGGCACAAAUGGGUUUUAUGGGGGGAUGGGGCAGCCAGCAUACACAGAGGGCACUUUGUGAAUACUGCAUCUGCCUCAAUGUGAGCACCACCAGCAGGGUGGUGGACCAUCCCGGGUCAUCCCCAGGUACUUUGGUGUGGGCUCCCAGUCUCCUCACAGCCCACAUCAGUUUUUCCUUCACCCUGGGUUCCACGUAUUUAUUGAAAGCGUCGUUGUCUAUCAGGAGGGUAUGACCAACGUCUUGUCUCCCUGAAGGGGCUGCAGCUGCUUCCUGCUGAAGCCCUGGGUUCAUGACCAGUUUCCUCUGAAGGCAUUCCUGACCCAGGGAUUCUGUAGUGGCGUGCUACAGCCCAAGCUGUGUCUCCAGACUGAUCAUAUGGGAAGAUGUAUGUAAGAGUUUUAUGUACAGUUCUAGAAGAUGCAACUUAAACUUGACUUGCAAAGUGGGGGGGCACUGACGGUUACAAGGGCACGUUUUAUGUUCUGUCACUGGGGUGUGCAUCUCACAUGGACCACUCUGUUUCACAGGCAGCACCUAUUUCUAGGAUCCCUUGAUUUAUAUUUUGAAGCAUACAUGAAAUCCCAUCCAGACACAAGGGAAGCUGUUAAAGGCGGCUCUGUAGGGACCAUAUUACAGGUAAUUGGACAGUGGAGCCAUUUCAUAAUUGUCGAGUUAAAAACCUGCGUAGAAAGAGUAACAAGCCCAGCAGUUUCUAUUCUGGUCUGUUCCUGGAUGGACAGAACCCAAAGGUAUAGGAAUGGCAGUUUGGGGGAGUGGGCAGCCCUGGAGCAGCAUCGGGGUGCAGGCACUCGGGUAGCCGCCUCACUGCCUGCUCACCUCCAGCAUUCCAGAGGGACUCAGGAGAGCCUGAGGCAGCUGUGGCAUCCCUGGCUCUCAGGACCUGUGCUCUCCCUGAGAAUUCAGUCUUUAUUAGCCCUGCUAUGUGUUGCCCAUGCCUGGGUUCUCCCCAGCCACUGCCAGUCCAGGAGGAGGGAUCUGGGUCUAGGAUGCUCUGGUGAUGAUCUAUAACAGCUGCAGGCAAUGUUCAAAAUCACAAACCUUGGAGCUAUCAGAUGCCACGAGUGUGGACACCCAGCAUCCCCCCGACACCUGUGCAGAGGAUGGGAGGGGCCUUUGACAUCCCCAAAGAGUGGGCUGCAGUUUCUGUGAUGCUUUUUAGAUACCAACCCCGGCGCUUUAGGGAUUUUAGGAGAUAAAGAGUGAAGGUUAGUGGCAGCUCAGGAUCCCGUAGGGGCUAGACCACAUUUAACUUAACUGUGGUUCACAAGUGCACAAGUUAGGUGGCAGUCGUGUGGUAACUUACUGUUCAUGGGGAUUAUGCAGUGGGGAUGGGCAGUGGCCUGUUCCCCAGAGUUGCUCUGGUUCUAGGUAUAAUUUCCUGGAACCGGGAACACUGACUGGAGAAUGGCCCCAUAUGCCUUCUUGUCUUGCUGGCUUCAAGAUCAGAAAAUGGCAUAUUUGAUAUGAUAUGUUUGAGAAGACAAAAAAUAAAGUGACUCUGGGCAGAAUUUGCCUUUUCUUCCUCUUA